CAGUCGAAAGGGGUUCAUUUUUGCCUUUUGAUUGCUCGGUUAGGUGCUUAUGUUCAACAAGUUUUUCUUUUAUCCCGAAUACAUGCUUAUCCCGUCUCUUGCUGGAUAUUUUUAACCAAAAAAUUCUCCUUUUUAUGCUUCUGGUUCCUGUAAUUGCUUGUCUUUCAACCCUUUUUCAUGUACCUUCAGAUUUUGUUAAUCGUCUUGGAGAUAUUCCUAGUACAGCUGAGAGAUGGCCUACGCUGCAAUUGCUUCCCUGGUACAAACGCUGGAGUAUCUGCUGCAAUUUCCCUGUUUGGUUCUGGAAAUGAAGAAGAUGCAAGCGGAGGUUGUCACACAGAGAUUCCGUCAAGUCUUAUUGCUCCUGAAAGGAGAACCCUCAGCUUUGUGGAUCACUGAAGAACCUGGAACUCUGCCAUCCAGCUUUGAAGAAUUUCUUGGGGCAGUUGGUCUGCCUGCUGAGUUCUUGGGGAUCAAGAAAAGAACAGUGUCCUUGAGCUGGGGAAUACUAAACUUGCUGGAGGAAAAGCCACCAAUUCUGACGGAAAUCGGAUCUUUGGAGCAAGCCCGGAAGAAAUUUGUGGAAACCACUGUCCUCGACAACCGGACAGAUCGAUCCAACUACGUUGUUGAUCAAACUUCUCGUGAAACAGGAACUCUGUUAUGCAGCUUUGAAGAAUUUCUUCGAGCAGUUGGUCGGCAUGCUGACUUCUUGGAGAUCAAGAAACGAACACUGUCCUUGAGCUGCGGAAUACCAAAAUUGCAGGAGAAAAAGCCUCCAAUUCUGAUGGAAAUUGGAUCUUUGGAGCAAGACCUGAAGAAAUUUCUGGAAACCACUGUCCUCGACACCCGGACAGAUCGAUCCGACUACGCUGUUCAUCAAUUUUCUUGUGAAGCAGCAAGAAAAAUGCUUCGUGCCGUGGAUGAGCUCAAACAGGCCAUAAUCUUUUUCUAUGAAGUUGCUUCUGAGAUCACAAUUCUCUACCAGGAUCUUUUCUCCUUGCUGAAUUUUCUUGAUGAUUCUUCCGAUAAAUUCCAGGAUCAUGAAUUGCUGAAAUGCAUCAAAGACGUUGCUUAUAGAGCAAGAGAUCUUGUUGAAGAACGUCUCGUGGACAAACAAGUCGAAUCAGUAAAGACGUCCCUCAUUUGCGCUUUGUCCAAUAGUAAGGCAUCAGCUAGAUUCCUACCAAGAAGGGGGAAAAGUUCUCUUGAAACAGUGGUCCAGAGUGUCUUAGAUGGAAAGGAGGGCAUUCGUGGAGGUUUAGUCCAUGCAUUACAGGUUGUUCAAUCUUUCAAGAGAAAGACUACAAAUAUAGAUGAAAAGAGUCUAAGAUUGCAGGGAUCAAGCAUCAGGAAAGCACCACUUAGUUCGAAUAAGGAGGAUAUUGUGGUAGGUCUUGAUGCUGAGCUGACGACUAUCUUGGAGGGGCUCACUGGACUGCCACUUGGACUAGAAAUAGUGACAAUUUCUGGGAUGGGCGGCAUUGGUAAGACAACUCUUGCUAGAAAAGCUUUUAAUGAUCCUUAUACUGUUUAUCACUUCUAUUGUCGUGCAUGGAUAACAGUAUCCCAAGUCUAUCAAGCGAGAGACUUGCUACUAGCCCUUUGGAGCUCUAUUGCACAGUCCACUGAUAAAAUGGUUGAGAAGAGCAAUGCUCAAUUAGCUGAAAUUGUGUACAGAAGGUUGAAAGGUAAGAGGUAUGUGAUUGUUAUGGAUGACAUGUGGAGCAUUGAUGCUUGGAAUGAUGUCAAAAGGUGUUUUCCUGAUGACGAAAAUGGAAGUCGAAUAGUAGUUACUAGUCGGUUCAAGGAGUUAGCAACAAACGUGAGUCCCAAGAAGCCACCUCAUUGCAUGAACCUUCUGAACAUAGAACAAAGCUGGGAACUAUUGGAAAAGCUCAUCUUCGGGACAGCAAGCUGCCCCCAUGAAUUGGUAGGAGUUGGAAAACAAAUAGCUAAGAGAUGCCGAGGAUUACCUCUAGCUAUUGUCGUUAUUGCUGGUGUUCUCUCACGUGACAUCGGGGCAUACAAUUGUUGGAAUGAGAUUGCAGAGGAGGUUAGCUCAGUUGUUUCCACUGAUCCAGAAAAUUGCUUAGAUAUACUUGCUUUGAGUUACAAUUGCUUGCCCCAUCACCUGAAAGCCUGCUUCCUCUAUAUGGGGAUUUUCCCUGAAGAUUGUGAGAUUGAAGUUUCAAAAUUGAUUAAUUUAUGGGCUGCAGAGGGCUUCUUAUAUUUGAAUUCAGAGAAACAGUUGGAACAGAUUGGAGAGGAUUACUUGGAAGACCUUAUCGGCAGGAACUUAGUUUUGGUUGAAAAGAAGCGCUUUGGGGGGGAAGUCAAAACUUGUCGCCUCCAUGACUUCUUACGGGAAUUGUGCUUGAAAGAAGCUCAGAAGGAGAACUUCAUGCAUGUCAUACAAAGGAGAAGUGCCAAAGGUGUUCAAGCAGGCACGCGUAAUCAACGUCGUCUCAGUUUUCAUUUGGAUCCUUACAGUCAUGCGACUACAGCACCUGCAAUCCCACAUGUCUCAUCUUUUGUGUGUUUCACAUUGGGCACUGAUAUAGUACCUGAUAUUCUAUUCUUUCAACUAGGCUUUAAGUUGCUCAGAGUAUUAGACGUAUUCUUUCUGCAUUUCGAUUACUUCCCUGUUCAAAUAUUAAAGCUGAUACAUUUGAGGUAUCUUGCACUCUAUGUUACUUAUGAGCUUCCUGCCUCAGUAUCCCAACUGAGGAAUCUCCAGACCUUAGUCAUUCAUGGUCCAUGGCUUUGUCAGGAAUCUGGCGGUAGGCCAACAUUGUUGCUGGAGUAUUGGAGCAUGCCUUCACUGAGGCAUGUGCAUGUUACUGUGGCUUGUCAUCUAAAGAAUCCUUUCACUGUACAAGAUAACCUUCCUCGUCCAUUUGCUUCAGAACACCUGCAAACUCUCUAUACAAUACAAUUUUCAAGUUGCACAAAGGAAGUUUUCAGUGUCAUGCCCCAUCUUAAGAAACUGGGAAUUUGUGAAACUAGAGAAGACUACAGCACAGACAGUUUCUCACAAGUCCUAAAUAAUCUUGUUUACUUGCAAGAACUUGAAACUCUGGAGUGUUCCUUCCACACACAAAAAAGAGAAGUGCGAAGGAUUUUGGGUUUGGCUCUUUUGCCAGUGACUCUUAGGCAUUUGAGUUUGAGUUGGAGUUAUUUACCAUGGAAAUAUAUGACCUCCAUUGCCAUGUUACCCAACCUUGAGGUACUUCAACUCAAAAAUUAUGCUUUCCAAGGACCAAAAUGGGGGCCAACUGAAGAAGGUUUUCGUAGUCUAAAGCAUUUGCUAAUUGAAAACAUGGAUUUGAUCCAUUGGGAAGCAACAAUAUUUCGCCACUUUAGGUGCCUUCAACAUCUUGUUCUGAAAUCUUGCAAGCUCUUGGAGAAGUUCCCUUUUGGUGUUGAGAACCUGCAGCGGCUUGAGGUCCACUAUUGUAGUGAACCUAUUGAGAAUUCUGCUAAAGAAAUUCAAGAAGAGAUUGAAGGCAUUGAUGUUAUUAUCAGAAGUGAUCGGAAGCUACUUAUUUUUAUUCCCCUUUUUGUGUCAGUAACCCGGACUCCGCAUAAGAUUUCAGCACUCUGCAUAAAAGGGAAGCUUUGAGCUGCAGCUUGCAAUUUCGAUUUCCCAACUGACAUGGAAUUGCUUCUUGUCAUCCAUCUUGCUGAGACUUUUCGUAAAUGUUGCAUAAGAGAGUUGAAGGCCAGCCCCUACGCCAUAUGAUGAAAGCGUUUCAAGGUCUUGGCAUGUACCUCGUUCAUUUUAUCUUGAAAUUGAUCUGAGAUUUUCUCCUAGUCCUAGCUAACGAUUGAGCAGGAAGCUUCUAAUAGGUCUUGUUGAAUAUGAAUGGACAAGAAUCAAAUGAAUCCCAUUUGGCUAGGAAUGCUUAUAUUUUUGACAUUGAAU